AGAGAGGGCACGUGUUUGAGGCAGAAUGCCGCCGUGAAAAUAUCUCGUUGUCUCCAGUUUGUUGUUUCUGUUGGUUUCAAGGUACCUACAAGGAGUUGUUCUGUUGGCUCUGACAAGAGAAUCUCAUACCUAACCACGCCAUGUCCGGCCUCUGCUCUGGCAGCCUUUGGGCUGGCUUGCAAUGCCAUGCAAGCUAUUAGUUUCGCCUUUAAGACCGCGUCGGUCUGCAAAGAAGUCUUCAGAACGGGCUCUCCUGAUCCCAACUUGAACCAACUCGUACUUGACGCUUCAAAGGUACAUGAAAACCUGAAGAAGUCGAUGGUCUCGGUCCAGCCCCUGAACAAAGACGAAAAAGACUUUCUCGAUAUUGCUGAGCGUAGCCUUCAGGUUAUCCUCGAAUUAAAGACCGAGAUCGAUAAGCUGGUCGCCCGCCACCAGGCCAAGGGGAGCCUGGGAGCUUCCGUCUCGACGACUUUGAGAGCAUUGUACCAGAAGCCAGCACUCGGCAAGCUCGAAAAACGCAUGUAGGCCUACCAGAGCGUUCUAGAAUCGGGUCUCCUUCGCUUUUGGUAAGAUCAGAACAAUUCUCCAAGCACGCGAAUUAUAUCAAGACUUC